UAUUUUACAAUUGAGCGCAUGGUCAUACUGCACUGCUGAGUAGCAGUUUAGAGGAUUGACAAUGGACAAAGAUUCCGACUCCACGGUUACCUCGCUGGAUGAAAACACGGAAAACUUCUGCACGAACCCCACACGCGACAUUCUCGCCGACGGCAUCACCAAUCUCUUCAAGCCGACCAUCGAGAAGCUCGACGAGCGCGUCGCCACCACAAUCCAACUGCAGUCGGAGCUGCGUGGACAGUUGGACGCAUUGGCCGCCCAGCUGCGGGACAUCGAGAAGGCGCAACAGCAGAUACCCGAGUUUGCCGAGAAGGUCAAGGAGCUGCUGAACGUCAAGCACAAAGUGACGAUCAUCAACAACGUGCUAAGCAGCAGCCAGGAACGAUUGACGAAUCUGCACAAGCUCAUCGAGAAGGAGCAGCAACGACGUCAGGCUUUGUUGGACUCGGCGUUGAGCACCAACAUAUCGUAA